UUGUUUACUAACAGUUCUCCUCCCUGUCAGCUCGGGCACACUGCUCUGGAUGGCUGUGCACAGCACAGCCAUCCAAAGCAGUGUGAUUACAGUGAAGCACACAGACACAGCCCCCUCAGUGUAAAACACUCCCUGCACACAGUUUAACCAUUUGAUCGCCCCUCAUGCUAACCCAUUGCUGCCCAGUGCCAUUAGUACAGUGUCAGUGCUUUUUUUUUAGCACUGAUUACUGUAGUGGUGUCACUGGGGAUGUCAGUGACACCAAAUCAGUUCCCUCCCAGUGUCAGAAUGUCCACCGCAGUCCUGCUAUA